AUGGCUGUUAGCAUCAACCGUGUUGGUUAUGAUGAGCGGCUCGCUGUGGUUGGCGACAUCCUAAGAGGCCUCGGACUGCAGGCAUCAAAGGUCUCAACUGUGGCAUACGACGAUGAUUACAAGUACCCAUUCAACAAUUUCCUCUUCAAAGUAGAUUUGGCAACCCCCGCAUCGUCUGCCCAAUUCACAGGCACACAAGCCGGAACAGUCAAAGCACCAUUCGGCGGCGUAUCUUCUUUCAUCAUCAAAUUGAGCAACGCAAAGGCUUCAGAUGCCAACAACGCUAAUCGCGUUCCAAAUGAUGUUGCAGCGCAGCACCUUGUCCGUCAAUCCCUAGCGGCUGCGCGACUUGGUCCUUUAAUCCCGGAUGUCUAUGCGUGGGCUCCGGCCAGCCUCACUGAUAAACUACGCGAAAAGGAUUUCGGAUGGAUCAUUUCAGAGUUCAGGGCUGGUGUAGAUUUAAACACUGUCUUUGCUGACCUCACAAACGACGCUAGAGGAAAGGUUCUCGGGCAAAUUGCCGCUGCUUUUGCAGCAAUCCAGGCAGUCAAACUGCCAGAGACGGUUACGAAAUUUGGGGGAAUCGCCUUCAAUGAAAAAGGUCAGAUUAUCAGCGCUGAGGCUCCUUUCCGACAAAUAGACCCCAUGGUAGACUCAUACGUGGAGUUCAAGUUUGGCAACCUGCGCAGGCGUUUUGAUGCUGCUGGUAAAAGCCCUGUUAUUCGAGGCUGGAAGACGGACGGGGUUGAUGUCCGAAUUGAGCAGUUUCUGAGCAGCAAUGGGCCUGAGAAAGUUCUUUCUGGUGUCGACCUUGCGCAGAAGAGCUUAGUGCAUGCAGACUUUACGACGAACAACAUGCUGUUCGAUAAAGACAGCAACGAGAUCACAGCGAUCUUGGAUUUCGAUUUUUCUGUUGUUUCCAAUCCGUUUGAUGAGUACCUCACCAGUUUCACAGACUUGGGUGGGUGCGUGGGUGGCCUCACCAACGAAGUUGAGGCCGCUAUCCUCAAGGGUGACUUUGCAUCGCCACCAGCUGAUCUGAGUGAAGAUGCAAAGAGAGAAUGGGAACUCGCUGAUGCUUGGAGAUCCAUUGCAAAAAAAAACGGUGUGCUUUCUCCAAGUGAAAUGAAAGGCGCGGACCAGAUUAUGGAACUGAUACAGUUCCAGAACCUGCUGUGUCCUCACCGUUUGAGUAACGCAUUCAUGCUGGAGAAGAUGAAUGACACAGAGAAAGCUGAGCUGCGAGCUAAGACCCAAGCAAAGAUUGUGCAAUGGCUAGCGAAAUAUGGCUUCUGA